CAUGAAGAGUUGUACAAUAUGUACUGUUUUUCUUCUUUUGAAUUUAGAUUUUUUUGUGGUUCAUUCACAACAAUUUUCUGUAUCUGUUGAAGUUCCAGCUAUAAUGUUGGAAGGUUUUGGACAAUAUCAUGUAAAUUUUAAACAACAGACUGGAAAUCCUACAUGCAGCUUUACAGCUAAAAAACCAGAUGAAACUGUGGUAGCACAAGCUACCAAAGAUUUAAAUUCUAUGUUUGAAAGCCACACCAUUCAAUAUUUUACUUUAUCAUCAUUCACUGAAGAUUUUAUCCUAACUUUUUCUUUCACUUGUGUUAAAUUACUUAGACAACUUGGUGACGCUAUUUGCAGCUUAACUCAACCAGACUCUGCCAUAGCCAUAACAGAUUAUUCUGGAUCAACUGAUCUAAGAAAUGAUAACAUGGAAAUUACAGUUACUAAAACUGGUUCUCAGGAAUCUCUUCUCAUGCUUGCAAGCUGCUCAUCUGGUGGAAAGACAUUCAAUACUGACAUUCCAGUUUAUUUUUCAGUUGGUGCUCCUUCACCAUGGGCAUCUGCAACAGGAGAUCCACACUUUGCUCAAAAUGUUAUUGAUAAAUCAUCAAUGUCUACAAAACAAAUAUGUUAUGAUGUAACUGGCCAAAUGGGAGAUUUUAUUUAUAUUGCUGGAUUCUAUCACAGUGGAAUAAAAGUAUUUGGCCAACUUAAAGAUGAUUAA